GAUUGGUGGCCCUGGGAGGGCGGGCUCUUUACCGCUGCCGCUCCGCUCCCCGACCCUCAGCAGAGCAGAGAUGGCGGCCGCUGCGCAAGUACUGGGUCGGCGUGUGGCAAGCUGGAGGCUGCGGACGCCGCUCGCCGGCCUCGUAUCCCAGCGGGCCCACUCGAUGUUGCCCGUGGACGAUGCGAUCAACGGACUGAGUGAGGAACAGCAGCAGCUUCGUCAGACCAUGUCUAGGUUUCUUCAGGAGCACCUAGUCCCCCAGGCCCAGGAGAUUGACCGCAGCAACGAGUUUAAGAACUUUCGAGAGUUUUGGAAGCAGCUGGGGAACCUGGGAGUCUUGGGCAUCACAGCCCCUGUUCAAUAUGGUGGCUCUGGCCUGGGCUACCUGGAGCAAGUGCUGGUGAUAGAAGAGAUAUCCCGAGCUUCAGGAGCAGUGGGACUCAGUUAUGGUGCCCACUCCAACCUCUGUGUCAACCAAAUUGUGCGGAAUGGAAAUGAGGCCCAGAAGGAGAAGUACCUCCCCAAGCUGAUCAGUGGGGAGUAUGUCGGAGCCCUGGCCAUGAGUGAACCCAAUGCUGGCUCUGAUGUCGUCUCCAUGAAGCUAAAAGCAGAAAAGAAAGGCGAUCACUACAUCCUGAACGGCAGCAAGUUCUGGAUCACCAAUGGCCCCGAUGCUGACAUCCUUGUUGUCUAUGCCAAGACAGAUGUGGCUGCGGUGCCAGCCUCUCGGGGCAUCACAGCCUUCAUUGUGGAGAAGAAUAUGCCUGGCUUCAGCACCUCCAAGAAGCUGGACAAACUGGGGAUGAGGGGCUCUAACACCUGUGAGCUGAUCUUUGAAGACUGCGAGGUUCCUGCUGCCAACAUCCUGGGCCAUCAAAAUAAGGGCGUCUACGUGCUGAUGAGUGGGCUGGACUUGGAGCGGCUGGUGCUGGCUGGUGGACCCAUCGGGCUCAUGCAGGCUGUCCUGGACCACACCAUUCCCUACGUGCACACACGGGAAGCCUUUGGCCAAAAGAUCGGCUACUUCCAGCUGAUGCAGGGGAAGAUGGCUGACAUGUACACCCGCCUCAUGGCAUGCCGGCAGUAUGUCUACAAUGUUGCCAGGGCCUGUGAUGCAGGCCACGUCACCUCCAAGCCCUGGCAGGGCCCUGCUGACCCGGAGCUUCCCCACAGGACUGUGCGGGUGUGGUUCUUUACUCAGCGGAGUGCGCCACAAAGGUAGCCCUGGAUGGCAUCCAAUGUUUCGGUGGUAAUGGCUACAUCAAUGACUUUCCCAUGGGCCGCUUUCUUCGAGAUGCCAAGCUCUAUGAGAUUGGGGGUGGGACCAGUGAGGUGAGGCGACUGGUCAUCGGCAGAGCCUUCAAUGCAGACUUCCACUAACCUUCACCCCCUUUCCCAGCACCUGGAGUCCUUUCUUUGGAAGGAGAGAUGUGACAGCUCUUAACACCUGCCAGGGGCAGACCCUGCUGCCCAGCUGCCCUCUGGCCUCUGGAUGAGGUUGAGUUUUCCACAGUGGCUGCCAAGCACUGUGGGCCUCAGAGCCAGCCAGCCAGCCUGCCCAGAUGAUGCAGGCAUGGGGGGAAUGCAGCAGCCAUUCUGGUACCACGUUUGGGUCUGAAUAUGAAGCAAGAUGCUACUGAGGGCUGUGGUUGGUGGAGGAUCUACCUGAAAAGCCUUCAGAGGCUUAAAGUGGAUUCAGCAGAAAAUAUGUUGGCUUUUCUGUGGCUCACUGGGAGAGCUUUGUUCUGGGCCCUUCACCUCUCAUUUCUAAGUCUGCUGUACCCACCUCCCAGGUAGGUACCUGGAGGCAGGGAGGCAGCCACCCCUUUUCCUUGGGUGAGCCUCUGGCAGGUAGGCCUCUGCUCAAGUACAGCAGAAGCAUGGCCUCUCUCCAUUUAUUCAAACUUGAGAGCCUCUUUUCUUUCUCGUUGGGGAAAAAGACCCCCAAGAACCUAGUAUUUUUUUCCUGUCAAUUUCUAGAGGCAUCAGUUCCAGCAGCUUGUAAGCAGGCACCCAGUCUGCAGCUGCCCAUCCAUCCCUCCAAGGCUUCAUUCUUUAGGGCUGAAAUCCUACCAUGUUGGGGUGGAGCUCUGGGAAGAGGCAUCUCAGACUACCUGUGCCACCUGCUGAGUCUACAGUGGGGCAGAGGUCAGCAUGCUUGUGAAGGAUCAGCUCCACUGUGGCCUCAAGACAGCACUUCUGAGCCCUUUAGCAUUACUCUGUCCCCACCACCGUCCAGUCCUGGCCACAUGACAGUUCAUAACUGACUGGGUGGGCCUGGGUUGGCUGGCUCAGCUCCAGCCAGAGCUGACUGCAUAUACUUCUCUCCACACCCUAUGGCUAGUUUUGUUACAACUGCACAGCAGCUGCCAUUUUAUAUUAAACUUACUAAGAAGCAAA